AUGGAAAAGCCCAACACUAAUAGCCUGGCCGACUCUUUCACCUCUCCAAUCUUCUCCUCUCUCGCCGUAGGAGUAGGCACAGGGGCUGUUGGAAUAGCUUAUGGCGGCGUAGCUGGCACUAUUCUUUCGACGCCUAACCCGCUUCUAUACCCAACAUAUUCCGGAUUACAAUGGUUCUGCGCAGGAACUACGUUCUUCUAUUGCCGUAGUAUCCUCCUUGCGGACCCGAAAACUCGACAGCAACCGCUACAUGUGGUUGCUGCGAGUGGGCUUAGCGGCUUCGGUGCAGGUGCAGUUGCUGGUACCUUUUUGAGAAGAACUGCUGUUAUUCCAGGUGGCGUUAUGCUGGGGGUCCUGGCUGCCACCUCUCAGACAGUGCUCAACAUGAAUGGAGGCUCUUUUGAGUUGAAUUUCAACGAAAUUCCAUUACGCUUGCAACGAGGCAUAGCCAACCUUAUGCCUAUGCAAUCGCUCUCUGACAAAGAGUAUGAGGAAUUGCUGACUAGCAAACUUCUCAAGAUUGAGGCGCAAAUCUCAUUGCUGGAUGAUCAAAUCGCAGACCUCCGCGAAGCAAGCCAACAGCAGAAUUCUAGCCGGAGGCCGGAAUCGUGA